AUGGCGUUCGCCCGGCCCACGAUGCCUCUUCGGAGGUCCCUCGGCCAAUUCUCACGGACGUGUCGCACCCCGCGCCAUAUUCAACCACCGCUGCGCAGAUUCGCCUCGGAGAAAGCCUCCCCUGAACCCAAGCCCUUCACCGUCUGGCGACCCUACCUGCGGCUCGCAAUUGGCAUCCCAUUCAUCAGCGCCCUGAUCUACUCCAUGAUGACCGAGGAAGUAACGGAACUCGACUCCCCGUCGAUCGUGGAGCUCGAUGAAACGCUGAAGCAGCAGGCGACCAUCAGCGAGACGUCGCCGAUGCGCCUCCGCAUGGAGAAGCUGAUCAAGGACCACCAGCAGAAGAUCGUGGAGGAGCUGAGCCGGAUCGACGGCAAGCAGUUCCAGACAGACACAUGGACGCGGCCCAACGGCGGCGGCGGCAUCUCGUGCGUGCUCCAGGACGGCAACGUCUUCGAAAAGGCCGGCGUCAACGUCUCCAUCGUCUACGGCGAGCUGCCGCGCCCCGCGAUCGAGAAGAUGCGCGCUGACCACAAGUCCUUCGUUGGCGCCGACGUCGACUCGCUCAGCUUCUUCGCCGCCGGCCUCUCCCUCGUCCUGCACCCGCACAACCCCAUGGCCCCCACCGUCCACCUCAACUACCGCUACUUCGAGACCUCCGACCCCAAGGACCCCAUCCACGGCGACAAGAACUGGUGGUUCGGCGGCGGCACCGACCUGACCCCCUGCUACCUCUUCCCCGAGGACGUCAAGCACUUCCACCAGACCAUCAAGGACGCCUGCGACCGCCACGACGCCACCUACUACCCCAAGUUCAAGGCCUGGUGCGACAAGUACUUCUACCUGCCCCACCGCCGCGAGGCCCGCGGCGUCGGCGGCAUCUUCUUCGACGACCUCGACGCCUCCUUCCUCGAGUCCUCCGCCACCUCCUCGCAGAACCCCCAAGAGACCCUCUUUUCGUUUGUCUCCGACGGCCUCGCCUCCUUCCUCCCCUCCUACGUGCCCAUCAUCGAGCGCCGCAAGGACAUGCCCUUCACCCCCGCCCAGAAGGAGUGGCAGCAGCUGCGCCGCGGCCGCUACGUCGAGUUUAACCUCGUCUACGACCGCGGCACUAGCUUCGGUCUGCGCACCCCGAACGCCCGCGUCGAGAGUAUCCUCAUGAGUCUGCCGCGCACCGCUAGCUGGGCCUACAUGGACCCCGUGUCGGGUACCCGGACGGAAGCGUCCGCCGAGGAGGAAGAGCUGGGCGACGAGAAGAAGCCCGAGCGGGAACUGAUGGAUGUGCUGCGGCACCCGAGACAAUGGGUGUAG